CGCCACCGCGACCCCAGCCCCGGGCGCAGAGUGGGCACACAGCCCGCGGGGAGCCAGCCAAGCUCGGCGGCCAGAUCUCGGCUCCCAGGGCGAAUCCGCCUCUCGGCUUUCAAAGAUGGCAUUUCCUGGGCCUGGCACGAACUCCAGCGCCAAUAAAUCCUCGCUGUUCCGCGGGUGAUUUGGAGUGAUUUAUCAGGUUAUUCAGCGAUAGUUAUGACCUCCCGGUUACGUGCGUUGGGUGGAAGAAUUAAUAACAUACGCACCUCGGAGUUACCCAGAGAGAAGACACGGUCCGAAGUCGUCUGCAGCAUCCGCUUCUUAGAUGGCUUGGUACAGACCUUUAAAGUUAACAAACAAGAUACCGGUCAAGUUCUCCUGGAUAUGGCGUACAAUCACUUGGGUGUGACCGAGAAGGAGUAUUUUGGUUUGCAGCACGGUGAUGACUCAGUGGACUCUCCUAGAUGGCUUGAAGCAAGCAAACCCAUCAGGAAGCAGUUAAAAGGAGGUUUCCCCUGUACCCUGCAUUUUCGAGUAAGAUUUUUUAUACCUGAUCCCAACACACUGCAGCAAGAACAAACCAGGCAUUUGUAUUUCUUACAACUGAAGAUGGAUAUUUGUGAAGGAAGGUUAACCUGCCCUCUUAACUCAGCGGUGGUUCUAGCCUCCUAUGCAGUACAAUCUCAUUUUGGGGACCAUGAUUCUUCCAUUCAUCAUCCGGGCUAUCUUUCUGAUAGUCAGUUCAUACCGGAUCAGAAUGAUGACUUUUUAACGAAGGUGGAAUCGCUCCAUGAGCAGCACAGUGGGCUGAAGCAAUCAGAAGCUGAAUCUUGCUUUAUCAACAUAGCCCGGACCCUCGACUUCUAUGGAGUGGAGCUGCAUGGUGGAAGGGAUCUGCACAAUUUAGAUCUAAUGAUUGGAAUUGCUUCCGCGGGCAUCGCUGUGUACCGAAAAUAUAUUUGCACAAGUUUCUAUCCUUGGGUGAACAUUCUAAAAAUCUCUUUCAAAAGGAAAAAAUUCUUUAUACAUCAGCGGCGAAAACAGACCGAAUCCAGGGAACAUAUAGUGGCCUUCAACAUGUUAAAUUACCGAUCUUGCAAAAACUUGUGGAAAUCCUGUGUCGAGCACCAUACGUUCUUUCAGGCAAAGAAGCUACUACCUCAGGAAAAGAAUGUUCUGUCUCAGUACUGGACUCUGGGCUCUAGGAACCCCAAAAAGUCUGUAAAUAACCAGUAUUGCAAAAAGGUGAUUGGAGGGAUGGUGUGGAACCCGGCCAUGCGGAGAUCAUUAUCAGUGGAACAUUUAGAAACCAAGAGUCUACCUUCCCGGUCUCCUCCUAUUACUCCCAACUGGCGAAGCCCUCGGCUCCGGCACGAAAUCCGAAAGCCACGGCACUCUUCAGCGGACAACCUUGUCAACGAGAUGACGUAUAUUACUGAGACCGAAGAUGUGUUUUACACCUACAAGGGCUCCCUGUCGCCCAGAGACAGUGACUCCGAGGUUUCUCAGAACCGAAGCCCACACCGAGAGAGCAUAUCCAAGAAUAACCCAGCACAAAGCUGCCUGACCCGGAAGUCAUCCAGUUCUGUGUCUCCGACUUCAAACGCUCCAGGCUCCUGCUCGCCGGACAGCGUCGACCAGCAGUUCUUAGAGGCCUUGCACAGGGUGACCAAAGCGGGCUCCGCCGAGGACUCCAGCCAGUACUACUGCGACAAGAACGAUGGUGACGGCUACUUAGUCUUGAUCCGCAUCACGCCAGAUGAGGAUGGAAAAUUUGGCUUUAAUCUAAAGGGAGGAGUCGAUCAAAAGAUGCCUCUUGUGGUCUCGAGGAUAAACCCAGAGUCGCCUGCGGACACCUGCAUUCCUAAACUGAACGAAGGGGAUCAAAUCGUGCUCAUCAACGGCCGGGACAUCUCCGAACACACCCACGACCAGGUGGUGAUGUUCAUCAAAGCCAGCCGGGAGUCACACACGCGGGAGCUGGCCCUGGUGAUCAGGAGGAAAGCUGUCCACUCAUUUGCCGAUAUCAAAUCUGAAGACGAGCUGAACCAGCUUUUCCCAGAGGCCAUCUUCCCCGUGUGUCCGGAGGGUGGGGACACGUUGGAGGUGUCCAUGGAACAGCUAAAGAAAGGCCUCGAAAGCGGGACGGUGCUAAUCCAGUUUGAGCAACUCUACAGAAAGAAGCCCGGUUUGGCCAUCACGUUUGCAAAGCUGCCUCAAAACUUGGACAAAAACCGAUAUAAAGAUGUACUGCCUUAUGACACCACCCGGGUAUUAUUGCGGGGAACUGAAGAUUAUAUUAAUGCGAGUUAUGUGAAUAUGGAGAUUCCUGCUGCUAACCUUGUGAACAAGUACAUCGCCGCUCAGGGACCCCUGCCACAUACCUGUGCGCAGUUCUGGCAAGUAGUCUGGGAUCAGAAGUUAUCCCUCAUCGUCAUGUUGACGACUCUCACAGAGCGAGGGCGGACCAAGUGUCACCAGUACUGGCCCGAUCCCCCCGACGUCAUGGAACACGGCAGCUUUCACAUCCGAUGUCAGUCAGAGGACUGCACCAUCGCGUACGUGUUCCGGGAAAUGCUGGUCACCAACACCAAGACCGGAGAGGAGCACACUGUGACGCAUCUCCAGUACGUGGCAUGGCCUGACCAUGGCGUUCCCGAUGACUCCUCGGACUUUCUGGAAUUUGUAAACUACGUGAGGUCCCUGAGGGUGGACGGUGAACCCAUCCUCGUUCACUGCAGUGCUGGGAUAGGUCGAACUGGUGUGUUGGUCACCAUGGAGACAGCCAUGUGCCUGAUUGAGAGGAACCUGCCCGUUUACCCACUGGAUAUUGUUCGGAAAAUGCGAGACCAGCGCGCCAUGAUGGUGCAGACAUCAAGCCAGUACAAGUUUGUGUGUGAAGCAAUUCUUCGUGUGUAUGAAGAAGGCUUAGUCCAGAUGCUGGAUCCCAGUUAAGACAACUGUGAAAACGUUCAUUCCUCUCUCCCAAGGGCGUCCUUCUCUCUGGAAGCAGCAAGAGGAAUUUGUAGGCUGUGGGAAAGGAAUGAGCGCACUUGAACCCAGGCACUUUAAAUUUCUGUAAAGAAAGGGAUCGUGUACAUAAGAACCGUGUAGAUAACGCAUGCGGCGAUGGCACCUGUUAGGCCCGCUUCUCCUCCGGAGAGGAAUGAGCAGAAGGGGAUCUCGGUUUGGGGUUCGUCCUCAUGCCUUCCUCCCUCGAUGUCACCGUAUUCCUGUAAACCACAUCCUUGGGCAGUUGAGAGGGGACGCCAGCAACGCCGUUGACCUCCCGGAAACCAGACGGUGUGGCUGUUCAGACUUGCUUGGAUGUGUUGCGUGUAUAGGACUGUAAGGGCUGAGCUUUCUGUGUGUCUGGGAGGAGCUGGAACAAUCAGCGUUCCCUGCCCCGAUGCUAAGGAAACCCCGUGAGUGUGCUCCUCAGCGGGGGUGGGUCGGGGUCAAGCACAAACUGUGCCUUUUCUGCCCUCCCUCCCUUUGUCCCGUCUCCCCGCCACUUCCGAUGUCCCGGCUUCUGAGACUUUGCGGCCACGUGCCCUGCUUGCUCCCUGCAUUAGUGACCUUCCUCAGGUCCACACGCAGUGCCUGACCCGGGUGAGCGGUGCAGGUUUCUGGGGAGUUUUCCGUCCGGGUGCUGAGAACGCGGACUCCUGGUGUCGUCGCACGGGCGUGCUAGUGUUCGGAGCAGGUGCCUCUUGCCUCUGCUUGCCUCUUGCUGUCCACUCAGAACCCAGGACUGGAAUCAUCGACUACUGAAUCUAGUACAUGGAAUGCUGCUACUUCAAGCUAUUACACUUGAAACAUUACGAUUUUCCUGAGGGGAGAUGGGAUGUCAUCUACAUAGUCAGAAUCUUUGGCCCUUCUGCGGAAAGAUCUAGUCACUGAACCAUGGGAAACCCAGCUUCUAGAGGGUUGCGUGUGUGUGUGUGUGUUUGUGUGUGUGUGCACGCACGCCCACGGGUGAGUGUUUCUCAGGAAUCCUAACUUGAUUCAAAUUACAGUUGCGUUUAUAUAAUGAGUCUCUGUAUAGUAGAACAAAUGUGUGCAUUCACUAUCAGUUACAAUGGUCUCCGUUUCAUUUCAAAGGAGAGGAUCGGAUUAUCUGAAUAUAAACACAAUUUGAUGUUAAUUUAUUCUAAGUACACCAUGAUUUUGAUUGUCCUAAAGAAUUCUGCCUUUGUUAAUACUGUGUUAAAUUUUUUUUAAAAUUUGUGACAGGAUUGUAGCAAAUUAUUAUUUAAGGAAAAUAAAUUACAUAAAAAUUCUAAUGUGGUAUUUCUAAAUAGCGGUUUUCAUGGAUCUAGAAGAAGCAGCUAAGUAAGUAGCCAGUUUCUUAACAGGAUUUAGAGAAAAAGGAUGGUUUCCUGUGAUAGGACACUGAAAUGUGGCCAUUUUGGUGUUUAGCAGACCAAAACUAGACCAGUUGCGUAGUUUCCUGGUCCCAAGAUGGAUAAAGACCCUUAUGGUAGGAGCCAGGUUUCUAAAGGUUCUUUGUCUGCAGACCCGGCAUAUUUAUGGCAUACUUCCCAUCUUUUCUGCACCGAUGUUUUACUGCUAAGUGGCAAGGAUGGGAAGGAGAUGUUACACAGUGUUGUAACCCACACUGUGAAGCAGGAGACCACCGGAGCCCCUCCUUAUCAGCGUGAUGCCGGGCUAGCAGAAGGAGGCAGGGAAGUUUGGAGCUAAGGAAGGGGGCAGGGGGCUUGGCUUCUGAUCCCGCUCAGCAACUGUCCCAGGGCCUGGUCGCUUACAAACUUUACCUCCAUUUCCUCAUCUGUAAAAUAGAAGAAACAGAUAAUACUGAGGGCUUUAGGUUGCAUAUGAGGAUUGAAGCAGAUUUUUUCAUCAGCUGGAAUCUGACACUGCUCUGGAUGAAUUUCUUUGGAAAGUUAAUAUAUCGAUGAUUAGCCCCCAAAUCCGUGAAACAGAAGUAGAAUCACCAAGAUUUUCAUAGGAGAAAAUCGCUUUUCUUCUAGAGAGAACCAAGGGCACAGAGGAAUAUCCUACAAGUACUUCUGUUCAAUCUGGACUCAGAAAGUCCAAUCAGCCAAGCACCAAAGAAGAGGGAAGACUGACAUAAAUUCAGAUGCCAUCAGGAUAUCGAGCAAAUCAUUGCCAUUUGGUAAAAAGGCGUCAUCACCCUAGGUGCAAAAAGCUCGUGAGAUCUAAAUGUGUUUGGAGAUUUGUGUGUGUUCGUUUUUUAAGAAACAGAUUGUUCAUUUUGGUUGCAGAAAUGCUGCUGUUAUUGUUGAUAUCAGUUUCUAAAAAGGUGGCAACCAGCCUUUUUCUGCCACCGUGCAGGCCAGUAGUUCAGACUCAGCAGAUGUCACCAGGAACAAAAUCCAUGAAAUUCUGGAGAAGAACAUGACAAGAGAAUGCUCUAAAGGAACAGAGUAUGCAAGAAGACAUUAUAGAUGCUACCCAUUAAAUUCUGGAGCUCAAGGCUCCUGCUUCACCACCUUGUACACUUAAGCGAUUAUACCUAAGGAGCCCUUUUUAGCCCUAAGUGACGAAUUUCAUCAAAAUCAGGAUAAAUAUUAUUUACCUGGGAAAUGUGGGUGUGAGUGGAGAAGACAUUUAUGUCCUGUGUUCUGGUGUUCUCGGAAGAUCUAAUUAGGCACAUCGAUGUGCAGGCGUAAUCAAAAUGGGAAUUACUCUAUAGAACCUGCACUUGGUGUUCUGACUUUCUAGAAGACGAGAUUCAACUCAGUUUGGUUGGAGGAGGUGGCGGGGGCGGGGGUUGGAUCACAGUCUAGUUCUGGUCUUUCGUUCCUACAGUAAUUUAUGCUUAAAUUUGCUUUGAGACUAGCCUGGAUGCUGUUGCUGCUAAGUUGCUGGUUGACAUUUUGUUGUUGUUCCUCUGAAGUUAUCAUUUGAGGGCAAGCAACAGCUCUUCAUCCCCCAGAGGCAACAAAGAGGCAGCAUCAAUGGGGAAAGUUUGUAAGAGGCAGGACUUGGGUCUAGACUAGACUUAGGCAAAACGUGUCACCCUCGGCCCUCACUUUCCGUAUAAGGAAAAGGGGGGAAGUUGGGCUGGACUGGACGGGCUGUGGUUCUGUCAACAUUUCCCAUUGUGGGAGUCUGAAUUCCAGGGAAUCGAGAUUAAUCCUAAACCAAAGCCUCCAGUAAUCCACUGGAGAGAGAUGUAUCACGUUUCUGGGACUUGUCCCCAAAAGCCGGUCCCUCAGACCCUGGCUCUGUUGAAUGCAAAAGCAAAGAUCACUGCUCUCUGGUUCUUGGAUCCUAAACUGAGAAUAGUCUUGAUAAAGAAAGAGAGACUCUGACCUCAGUCUGGGCAACUGAGCAUGGGGGAGUCUGAUGGCCGGGCUGUCCCGCAUCUACAGUCAUGUUCUGUCUGGAGUAACCAAGGGAUUUGUGUUAAGUCAUGUCAUUUUGAAAAGUAUCUUAAUGGAUUAGCAAUAUUUUGUCUAUAAAUAUGGAAUGUUCUUCAUUCUGACCUGUUCUGUCAGUGACUCUACUGAGAAACAAUUUGAUCAAUAUAAAAACAUUCAAGCUAUGCAACACUGUUA